AUGAUUAUUUCUUCGGAGCUUGAGGAGGACUUUCGAUGGUGGUACAAUACCUUGAUCAACCCGAAUCAAUCAAAUUGUAUUCUAUCGGGCCGUUUUGCAUGUGAAAUUUUUUCUGAUGCCUCUCUCACCGGCUGGGGUGCAUCCUCUUCUUUAGACCGUACUCAUGGCUGGUGGUCUUAUGAAGAUAAAGCUCUUCACAUUAAUGUUUUAGAGCUCAAGGCCGCGUUUUAUGCGCUGAAAUGUUUUGCUUCUGAUAGGCACGACUGUGAGAUUUUGCUACGUAUUGAUAAUACCACGGCAAUAGCUUAUAUUAAUCGUUUUGGUUCGAUUAAAUAUCCUUCUUUGUCAAUUUUUUCUAAGGCCAUUUGGCAAUGGUGCGAAGUUAGAAAUAUUUGGUUGUUCGCUUCCUAUAUCGCCUCCGCUGAGAAUGUUAUUGCGGACGAGGAAUCUCGUCGUUUAGAUUCAGACACUGAAUGGUCCUUGUCCAGUGAGGCCUUCCAGUUAAUUGAUUUUGUUUUUGGACCGUUUGACCUUGAUCUUUUUGCUUCUAAUAUAAAUGCGAAAUGUGAUAGGUUUGUCUCCUGGAUCCCGGAUCCAGAGUCUUUUGUGAUUGAUGCUUUUACUCUUGACUGGGGUGAAUUUUAUUUUUACGCUUUUCCCCCCUUUAUUCUUCUACCUAGAGUUUUGCGAAAGAUUAUUAAUGAUGAAGCGGUAGGGAUUGUGAUCGUGCCAUGGUGGCCAUCGCAAUCCUGGUUUCCGCUCUUUAAGCGACUCUUAACCUCUUCUCCGAUCAUUUUGGACCCAGCGGAUGACCUUUUAUCUUCUCCUUUUAGGAAACGCCAUCCAGCUGCCAAGUCUCUUUCCCUGGGAGUAGGGAGAUUAUCCGGCAAGCUUUUGAAGCCAGAGGUGUCCCAAAAUCCGCCAUUGACACCAUCCUAG